GCGAUCGGUCACUCGUCCUAUUCCAUCGCUGAUCGCCGAGCAGCCCACUACAAAACGUCGAGCUCUGCCCUGUAGCAAGUACGACACUGGACUGAAACCUCCCCCCUCACCACUAAUCCAGCAUACCGUUUUCGGUUCAAGUUUCCAACCGUAGUACACUGCAGCAGACCUUAUACGAAAUGGCUAGCCGUUACGCCUCCGCCGCUGCUCUGCUGGUCGUCGUCGCCGUCGCCGCCAUCUUCCAAGCUACGUCCGCCGCUUACAUUGUGCCCGAAGUGGUCAUGAUGAGGAUGAAGCGUAACCCCGAGCCCAUGCGAUCGUUUUCGUACAGCGGUUUCAACCCCAACGGGCAGAUGUCCGCGUUCACCGGUCUGGCCGAGUACCCUAUGUUCGGUGGCAGCUUCGGGUCACCGCAGCAGGCCAGUCCGUACAACUACGGGCCGCAACCGGCCACGCAAGACUCUUACGGGCCACCACAGGCCACUCAAGACUCUUACGGGCCGCCGCCGUCGGGAGUUGCGGGACCGCAGCAGACACCGUCCGCCGACUCGAACAACAAACAGCCGCAACAGUACGGAGGCUCGUCGGCCGCGGGCAGUCAACAGCAACCGCAAGAAUACGCGCCGCCGAAAUCAGGCGUGCCGGUCGAUUCUAGGGAACAGAACAACAACAGCGUGGAACAAGCAGACAACAAGAAACAACAUAGAGGUCGCGAUGGUCCGAGCAGCAACGCGGAAGCUUCGUUCAACGCUUGGUUUCCCAUAAUGUUCGGCGUUUUCCCCAACGGUGCCGGCAGCGGCAACGGUCAGUCGGGCAACUCGGACAACCGUGGUAACAACAACCAAGGACAGGGCCACGGUCAGGACCAAGGUAACUCGUACGGGGGCAACGGUUACGAGAGGUCAUCGGGUACGACGGUGAUCGCAAACAGCGUGAGCAACGGCAGACACGGUGUGGCCACCAGUCACGCCAUCGCCUACGGUAAUCCCAGGUCGCAAAACUGAACGCGACCAUCAGUCAUAAUUUUUGGAAUUAGAAAGAUCCCAAGUUAACGAUUUUGUAUAGAAUUAAAAGGCCUUUCUAGUUUUCCGCGAUAUAUAUAUAUAUAUAUAUAUUUAUAUUAUGACGUUAGAUACCGUAAAAUAGGUUAACCGCAUACCAAUGUAUACCAUACCUAAUGACAAAAUAUUUUCAAAUUAUAACUAUUAUAUAUAUAUUUUUUUUUUUGGCAUAUAACAAUAAUCGUGUGUGUUCAGUGUUAUACUUUUAGUUGCAUUUUGUAACGAUAAUUUGUACAAUAAAUCGAUUAAAUAUGAAUAUAA